AUGUUUGCAUCCACAAUUCGUAGAUCUAAAUCUUUAAUGUCACGUACUUUAUGUGGAAGGUUUUUUCAUUCCUUGGUUAGAUACAAUAUUUCAGAUAUACAUUUUACACAAUUGAAUCGUUUUUUUUCAAAAUCUAUGAAAGUGGCUGUACUUGGAGCUGCUAGUAAAACGGGAAAUUGUCUUUCGUUAUUUCUAAAACAAUCACCUUUAAUAGAUGAAUUGGUAAUUUACGAUAGCAAAUCUACUCAUGGUCUUUCAUUGGACUUGAGUAACAUCGACACGAAAUGUAAGGUUAACGCGUGUGAUUCCUCCGAGGAAAGUCUUAGAGAAACGCUCGUAGGUACGAAGAUAGUGAUGAUCGUCACGGAUCAAACGACAGGGGAUGAAAUCAAAUCGAAUGAAACGUUGAUGCAUAACGCUAAUAUCCUAUCAAACUUGCUACCAAAUGUUAUUAAAUUUUGUCCCCAGGCUAUGGUCGCGGUCGCAAUGAAUCCAAUAAACAGCUUAAUACCUUUGACGAUGGAAAUUUAUAAGAAAGCCGGGAUUUACAAUCCUCAUCGCAUUUUUGGUGUAAUUAGUCUGAACUGUGUUAGAGCAAAUACUUUUGCAGCGGAAGUAAUAGGUAUCGAACCGGAAUGCGUAAUGGUACCCGUGAUCGGCGGAGCUUGUUCGAACACAUGUGUACCACUUUUUUCUCAAGCACAGCCUUGUAACAAAAUAUCCGAGCAAGAAGCUAGGAAAUUAACAGAGGGGAUACGGACGACCGAUGGAAAGAUAUCGAGGAUGAGCAAAGACAAAGAAAGAACUUGUUUCGCUCUAGCUUUCGGAGCAGCCAGAUUUUGCUUAUCUCUUUGCAAAGCAUUACGACAUCAAAGCGGUGUCGUGGAAUGCGCUUACGUUCGAUCUUGUCUGAUACCAGAGUUAACAUAUUUCGCUGCCCCCUUGGAAUUAGGGCCAGAUGGAAUUCAGAGGCAUCUGGGCAUUCCACCUUUGAACGAUUACGAAUGUAAUCUUCUUAAAACAGCUAUGCCAUUCAUCAAAAAUGCUAUUACACUUGGAGAGGCUCUUGCUCUUGGCGACGAGAAUAAUUUUUCCGAGGCACGUCUGCAAGGUAGCAGUUCAGGCCACGAAGUGACUUCACCCCCUGUAUCACAAUCUUCGGCAUAA